AUGGGGGGCGGUCCCCAGGCCAAUUCUACCCGUCUGAACGAAUUGCUCGACCAGAUUCGAGUUGAGUUCGAGAGUCAAAUGCGCACUGCCGAAAACUACGAGCAUCAGAUCGCCGCGCAAGUUAGUGAAAUGCAAAUGGUCCGCGAGAAGGUUUACCAGAUGGAGCAGACUCAUCUGGGUCUCAAGCAGAAGUACGAAGACGAGAUCAGUGCCCUGCGACAUCAGCUCGAUGCUGCCAGAAAGGGUGGAAUGCAGGGUGGCAUACCCGGUCCGCCUCAGCAUGCUGCUCCUUCUCAGCCUCCCUCUAUCGCCCCCGGCAAUGGUCUUUUUAGCGGCAUCAUGGCUGGCGGCAGUCAGGGAGGUCUCGCACCUCCACAGCAAGGCCAGCAGCAAAGCCAACAGGGCCAACCUCAGGGCGCGCAACAGCCGCAGCAAUCCCAGCAGGGCCAUGCUCCCCCUCAAGAACAACCAUUGGGACCUCAACACCAGAUGAGCCAGGGGCCUCCUGGUCUUCCUGUUCCCCCUCACCCCAGUGCGCAGCAGGCUCCCUACUCUCAGAACUACCCUCCUGGCCCUGUCUCCAACGGAAUGGGACCUCAGCCACAGAGCACUGCUUCACCCGGUCCCGGUAGGAGGGGCAUUGGUCGCCCUCCCGGUGCUGUCGGACCUGCAACUCCUCAGAUCAACACACCUACGCCUUACCCUGGAACUGCUGCGUCACCUCAGGUUAGCCACCCGACUCCUGACCAUGCUCGAAUGGCUGGCCCCCAUGCGUCCGCCGUUGGCAAUGCCCUCGGCGACCUCGAAGUUGAUAACGUGGCUCCUCACAACAAGAAGACCGGAAAUGAUUGGUACGCCAUCUUUAACCCUCAGGUGCAACGCGUUCUUGACGUCGACCUUGUCCACUCGCUCAACCACGAAAGUGUUGUUUGCUGUGUGAGGUUCAGUCAUGACGGCAAAUACGUUGCGACUGGUUGUAACCGAUCUGCUCAGAUCUUUGAUGUUCAGAGCGGAGAAAAGGUUUGCGUGCUCGAGGAUCACAGCGCCUCCGAUAUGAGCGCCGACCUUUACAUUCGCAGUGUUUGUUUCAGUCCCGAUGGUCGCUACCUUGCCACCGGUGCCGAAGAUAAGUUGAUCCGAGUCUGGGAUAUCCAAACUAGAACUAUUAGAAACCAUUUCUCUGGUCACGAACAAGACAUUUAUUCGCUAGACUUUGCACGCGAUGGGCGCACUAUCGCUUCGGGUAGUGGCGAUCGGACCGUCCGCCUGUGGGAUAUUGAGCAAGGCACAAACACCCUCACUUUGACUAUCGAGGAUGGUGUGACAACCGUUGCCAUUUCUCCCGAUACCCAAUUUGUCGCUGCUGGUUCUCUCGACAAGAGUGUUCGAGUUUGGGACCUGCACUCAGGUUUCCUCGUGGAGCGCCUUGAGGGACCCGACGGACAUAAGGACAGCGUCUACUCUGUGGCUUUCUCUCCCAGUGGAAAGGACCUUGUUUCCGGCAGUCUCGAUAGGACGAUUAAGAUGUGGGAGCUCAGCGCUCCUCGCCAAGGCAAUAACCCAGGCCCUAAGGGAGGCAAAUGUGUCAAGACGUUCGAGGGUCACCGAGACUUUGUUCUGUCGGUGGCUCUUACCCCUGAUACUAACUGGGUGCUGUCUGGUUCGAAGGAUCGCGGUGUGCAGUUUUGGGAUCCUCGCACCGGCACCACACAACUCAUGCUGCAAGGACACAAGAACUCGGUCAUCUCAGUUGCGCCAAGUCCCCAAGGUCGAUUCUUUGCCACCGGUUCUGGUGACAUGAAGGCCCGUAUCUGGUCCUACCGCCCUUACACUUGA